AUGAAAGUAGACAAUAAAACACAACUUUCAGAAUUCCUUCUCCUGGGAUUCUCAGAGGUCCCAGCAUUGCAGCCUGUCAUAUUUGGGCUCUUCCUCUCCAUGUACCUGGUUACUGUGGCUGGGAACCUGCUCAUUGUCCUGGCCAUCCUCUCAGACCCCCACCUCCACACGCCCAUGUACUUCUUCCUCUCCAACCUAUCCUUGGUGGACGUCUGCUUCACCUCCACCACCGUCCCCAAGAUGCUGGUGAACAUCCAGACGCAGAGCAAAGCCAUCAGCUAUGCAGGCUGCAUCACCCAGAUGUUCUUCUUCAUCCUAUUUGUUGGGUUGGAUGACUUUCUUCUGGCUGUGAUGGCCUAUGACAGGUUUGUGGCCAUCUGUCACCCUCUGCAUUACAUGGUCAUCAUGAACCCCCGGCUCUGUGUGCAGCUGGUCCUGGCUUCCUGGAUCCUCAGUGUCCUGCAGGCCAUGUUACACAGCUCAAUGGUGCUGCAACUAUCGUUUUGCAUACACUUGGAAAUCCCUCACUUUUUUUGUGAACUGAGUCAGGUGCUUCGCAGUGUCUGCUCUGAUACCUUUCUCAAUGACCUCAUGAUCUAUUUCACAUCUGUGCUGCUGGGAGGUGGUCCCCUGGCUGGGAUCCUUUACUCCUAUUCUAAGAUUAUCUCUGCCAUCCGUGCAAUCUCGUCAGCUCAGGGGAAGAACAAAGCCUUUUCCACCUGUGCCUCUCACCUCUCCAUCGUCUCCUUAUUUUAUUGCACAGGGCUAGGUGUGUAUCUUGGUUCUGCCAUUUCUCAAAACCCACACUCAACUGCCACGGCCUCGGUGAUAUACACCGUGGUCACCCCCAUGCUGAACCCCUUCAUCUACAGCCUAAGGAACACAGACAUGAAGAGGGCUCUGAAAAGAUCAUUGGGAGGAAAAUCCUAA